AUGUCCUCCGUCGCGGCGGCGUCCCCGUCCUCGCGCGUCGCCGUCGCGCCUCGAUCCGUCGCGGCGGCGUCGAGGAGGACGAGAUUCGCGAAUAAUAAAGCGACGGGGCUCGCGCGUCACGCCGCCGGAAGAUCCUCCGUCUCCGUCUCCGUCGUCGUCGUCCGCGCGAGCGGCGACAUCCCGCCCUCGCGCGGCAGCGGCGGCUUCACCGGCGGCCGCCUCAUCGUCCCCGGGUCCCCGGACUACGACCCCUCGAUCGUCCAGGUGAACCGCCCGGGGGGCGCGCAGCAGCCGGGCAAGUUCCCGGGCGGGUACGACGCGCCGCCCAAGCCUGGAUCCGAAAAGGCAGCCGGCGAGGCGUUCGCGCCGUUCCGCCCGCCGUCCGAGUACAUCGACGGCGCGAACGACUUCGCGGAGGACAGCGAUGAGAUGGCGCUGAUGCGAUUGCGGCAGCGCGGCGGGUCGUGGUAUCAGCUCGCGCCGCUGUUCGAGCGCCUCAAGCGGUCGGGGAUGACCCCGGACGACAUCUUCGACGAGGUCGGGAUCGAGCCGAAGGAGCAGUCGCUGUGGGUGACGUGGUCGCUCUCGCGCGGGUCGCUCGCGGCCGACCCGCGGUUCCCGGACGAGAAGCUGGCGUACUUUGACAACGAGUACACGGGUGCGCCGAACUUGAGCCACAUUCAGUACCUCACCGCGGAGAAGCGAUCCGAGGCGGCGGAGUUCGUCGUCGACAACGAGUUCGACCCGGACCAGACCAAGGAGCUCGUCAAGGCGUACGAGAUCCGAACGCAGAUGGACUCGCAGGCGAAAGGGUUCGGGACGUCCCCCGGGGAGUGCCUCGCGUUUAAGAUGUGGCGCGACGUCCAAGAGGUGCAGCGGUACCAGGGCAUCGACGUCGUCAACGAGCUCGUGGCGAAAGGGAAGCGAUUCGCGGAGAACGCGUCGACGAUGGAGCGACUGGACGCGAUCCAGGCCAAGUGGGCGAUGGAUCUGAGCGAGGACGGGGUCAUGGCCGAGGGCGGGUCGCUCGCGAAGGCGAACGCGGAGGCGAGGGCGAACAUAUCCGUCGUUCGGCUGGACUCGGAGGAGCUCUCGUUUCGCGCGGUGCCCAUGCUCGGGCCGCUCGACAAGCUCAGGCGCGUAUUUAUUCCUCACACUGGUUUCCAUACGACCGCGUCCCUCGCUUUCGAUCCCGACACGCGUCGACGCCAGGGUUCGACUCCGCUUCUGACGCCGUUCAACUCCGCCCCGACGUUCGUCGCUUCGUGUGGACCCUCGACCCUCAGCGUGAAGGCGUACCAGCAGGUGGAGACGACCAAGUCCGUCGGCGUGUUCGGCGUGUUCACCCCACCGGCGGGCGGGGUCAAGGACUGGGUCGCGCUCCCGAAGUGGGCCGCGCUCGAGGCGGCGACGCUGCCGUUCGCGGUGCUCGUCGACAACACCGGCGAGCUUCGAAACGCCGGCGACUUGAGCUCUCGCGAGGAGCCCGGGCUUCUGUUGGUGGACAAGGCGUCGACGACGCCGAACCCGGCGAGCUACUACCUCGCCGCGAGAGAGAGCAGGCUGCAGCUUUCGGGCGGGAAGAACGCGGAGGUGAUCGACGUGUAUCCGGGGCGGGACGUGAUGGAGAUGGAGAGCGAGAACAUCGUCACCGUGCUCGGGAGGGUCGUGUUGUGCGUUCGCGCGCCGGGUGGGAUGGACGACGGCAUGACGACCGAGUUCGUGGGCUGAUAAACAACGCCUACUUCGCGAGCGCUGUACAUACGGGUCGCGCCGAAGGGUAUUAUUACUAUCGCACGGCGAAAGUCGCGCCGUUCGUUCACAGUA